CAGGCGACUAAAUUCCGUUAAUAUAAUUGGCCAAGACGCACGUCAAUCAAACAGCCCUUAUCGUCCUCUUCCGGCUGUGUGUCAGUCUUCAGCAACAGCAGCAUCCCUACCAGACAGCACAGCAGCUGUAGGCAACGAAAUCCAGAUAUUAUCGCAGGUGUCCCUUUUCUUUAGGAGGCGACAGCUUCACUGGAAGCCGAAGAUAAGGAAAGCGAGAGAGACCAUGUUUUAGAGAAACCCGUGCUGGAAGCCCAUUUUCUACAAUGAACAAUGAGGACGAGUUUUAUGAUGCCGUCACAGGCUUGGAUUCAGAUGCAUCUUGUGAAGGCACAUCAGAAUGCAGUUUUAAAGAUGCUGUAGUCACUCAGAAGAACAAUGGUGUGGUUCCUCAGGAGAAUGGAAUCAAGAACCGCAGGUUGUGUCUUCCUGCCCCUAUGUUCUCCAGAACGGAUUUUAGCAUAUGGAGCAUCCUCAAGAAGUGUAUUGGACUGGAACUGUCCAAGAUCACCAUGCCCAUUGUGUUCAACGAGCCCUUGAGCUUUCUACAGAGAAUCGCAGAGUAUAUGGAGCACACAUACCUCAUUCAAAAAGCCUGCGACCAGUCAGACUCUAUAGAGAGGAUGCAGACGAUAGCUGCCUUCGCCGUGUCUGCAGUCGCCUCUCAAUGGGACAGAACUGGCAAACCCUUUAACCCCCUUUUAGGAGAGACCUACGAACUUACACGAGAGGAUCAGGGUUUCAGGCUGAUCUCGGAACAGGUGAGUCACCAUCCGCCCAUCAGCGCCUUCCACACAGAGGGUCUGACGGGUGACUAUGUGUUCCAUGGCUCCAUCUACCCUAAACUUAAGUUCUGGGGCAAGAGCGUGGAGGCAGAACCUAAAGGAACCAUCACGCUAGAGCUUCUCAAUCAUAAGGAGGCAUAUACAUGGACCAACCCUUUCUGUUGUGUACACAACGUCAUUCUGGGUAAACUGUGGAUUGAGCAAUACGGCACUGUAGAAAUUGUCAAUCACAGUACUGGAGAGAAAUGUGUUCUGAACUUUAAACCCUGUGGGAUGUUUGGAAAAGAGCUGCACAGAGUUGAAGGUUACAUCCAGGACAAGAGUAAGAAGAAGCGUUGUGUGAUCUAUGGGAAAUGGACGGAGUGUAUGUGGAGCGUAGACCCACAGGUAUAUGACGCCCAUCGCAAACUCGAGAAGAAAGGAACGACAGACACUAAAAAACAAAAACCGGAGGAGACAGAUGGAUCUGUCAAUGAGGAUGCUGAUGAAAUGCCUGAGGUACAGGAGACCGUGGCAGUGAUUCCUGGCAGCACAUUACUUUGGAGAAUAUCAUCUAGACCACCUCAUUCAACAGAGAUGUAUAACUUCACUAAUUUUGCGAUGACACUGAACGAAUUGGAACCUGGCAUGGAGGGAGUGCUGGCACCAACAGACUGCCGCUUACGGCCUGACAUCAGAGCCAUGGAGAAUGGCAACAUGGACGAAGCCAGCAGCGAAAAAGAGCGACUGGAGGAGAAACAGAGAGCAGCUCGUAAAGAACGAGCCAAAGAUGCUGAAGAAUGGUCCACUAGGUGGUUUCAGUCAGGCACAAACCCCUAUACAGGAUCACAGGACUGGCUUUACACCGGAGGCUACUUUAAUAGAAAUUACACAGACUGUCCUGAUAUCUACUGAUGAGAAAGACCACCUUCUUAUCUCUCUCCACCUACAGCAUCUUCCUCUGCUCUAAACCACAUAAUAUUCAAGUGACAGCGACACUGUAGCUCUCGUUCAACACCUGCUCACCCUCAUACUGUUCACCUGCGAUCUUCUAUGGCACCAGAGGAUCGUCAGUCAUUAUUAUGUUUGUUUAAUCGUGGAUGGAAAUGAGAGGGGAAGAUGAUUGGAUUAUAUGCACUCAUUUUAAGGAUUUCAUGUUUUUGUUCUUAAGCAUUUUUGCUUGAUGUCACAUUAACCCUGCAGGUUUAUCAAUGGAGGAAAGUUGCAUACAAGCACAAGAGUUCUGCCUCAAUUCUCAGUGCAUCAGCUACUUUCCACAGCAGUGUUCAUAUUAUUAUUAUUAUUAUUAUACACGUAUGUAUUAAAACAACAUUAAAAACAGAUCUUUUGCGAGCACUGAGACACAAAAGUGUCCUGGUCUAGCUGUAUGUAGAGAUAGAGAGAGUAAGAAGGUGAUCAAGAAUUAAUAAAACAACAGUAAUAAUGUUUAACAUUAAUAAUAACCUCUGUUUGUGUGUGCGCGCAAUGUGGGAAUACAUGUAAAAAGCCAUAGAUUUUGUUUUAAUGGUACAAUGUUUUGCCUUUGGAUUUCUGUUUUCACACUCUGGAAGGUUCAGAUUAAAUGCCAGUCCUCAAUUUAAAUCGCUUCAUCAUCAAUAAAUUAUUAUGAAGCAUUUUAAAAUAGUUUGUAAUAGCUCUUAUUGUUUCUUUUCACUACCUGCUCACCAACAGAGACUUGUGGGAUGUAAAGUAGGCUGGAUGUAUUAAAAAUUAAUGUUAAAUAAUUAGCAAAUGAUGUCAAUUCAUUGUUUAUUGUUGUAAAUGCACAAAGUCUGUAUUGUAUUUGUGCCACUGUUCCUCAAGCACUGUCUAGGUUGUUUUAUGUAGAGGAGGGUGUCAUGGGUUGUUUUAUUUAUCAGCAUUUACAUCUCUUCACAUGUACAUUCCCCAAAACAGACUGUACAGUACAAUAUCCACAAAUGUUUAACAAAAUCUAUGCAACCCAUCAAACAGAUAAAAUUCCUCAUGCUUAAAUAGUUCAGGCUUAAUAAUCACAAAUUGUGUAGAAUGGCAGCUGUUAAGUACAGUAACUGUAGUGUCAUUCAAUUCAUAUUCUGCUUCUUGGUUGCUUUCGGUUUUUGCUUUAAAAAGACUUUUAUGAUUUAAUGACAUAUUUCAGUCCACUGAAGUUUUUUCUUUCAUUUAGAGAGGAUCUAACUUAUGAAGUGUGCAGUGAUGUUACAGCAGUUGUUUACACAAACAUGUUUUCUUUGCUACAGUGCCUUUUUCUUUUCCCCGCUAAAUGUUGAGGGUAUUUUUAAAAUUUAAGUACGUUGGACAUUUUAUUGGAUUUUUUUUCUAACCACAUUUGGUCUUUGUGAAUGUCUAAAUAGGAAUGUUAAAAUGUACUCACCGUUUGUUGGAUACACACAUGAAAUUUACACUACUAUGUGUCGUUUAUUUUGUCUGCUUAUUCAUUCAAUGUACGUUGGAUUAUUCAAAAACUAACGUUAAAACUCAUAUUCCAUGAUUAAAAUAGAUUUUAUUUUUA